UCGACUCUUUCCUCUCCACUGCUAGCUGUUAGCUUCCCAACAGCUGUCGGUGGCCCUCAGUGAGCAAAGCCUGUCAAUCUUAACGGCUCUGAUUCCUUUAGAGGACCGCCGUUUUACUUACUCCAGGAACCAGCUGUUUUUCUUUUCUUAGGGUUUCCUACCGUGUUAUACGGUUGUCGUUGCUCUUGCCGUCACGAUAGACAGAAGUCCUGGGACAUGGCCAGAGCAGAACAAGUGCUGGUGCUAGAGCCGCCACAGGAACUCAAAUUCAGAGGCCCUUUUAAAGAUGUUGUCACCGCCACACUGAAGCUCACUAACCCAUCAGACAGAAAUGUCUGUUUCAAAGUUAAGACAACUGCACCUCGCAGAUACUGUGUGCGUCCGAACAGUGGCAUCAUCGACGCUGGAACUUCCAUAAAUGUUUCUGUUAUGCUACAGCCAUUUGAGUAUGACCCCAAUGAGAAGAGUAAACAUAAAUUCAUGGUGCAGUCCAUUCUGGCUCCCAGAGACAUGACUGACAUGGAAGGAGUUUGGAAAGAGGCAAGGCCUGAGGAGCUGAUGGAUUCAAAGCUAAGGUGUACAUUUGAGAUGCCUCUAGAAAAUGACAAAGCUCAUGAGAGUGAAAGCAACAAAACUGUGUCUUCCUCUACCUCUGUUAAGACCGAGCACCAUGUGGCGCCUAAGUCCUCCAGCGCCUCACUGGAUGACGGGGAGGUGAAGAAGAUCAUGGAGGAGUGCAAGCAGCUGCAGAUGGAGGUGCAGAGGCUACGAGAAGAAAACAAACAAAUCCGGGAGGACGACGGCCUGCGGAAGAGGAAGCUUAUAACAGUGCCUAGUCCUCACUCCAAGAACAUGGCUAACUCGAUGAUGACGAGGGAGGAAGGCCUGAGCACCCGCGUCCUUGCAUUGUGCUUGCUCUUCUUUGUGAUCGGAGCCAUCAUCGGGAAGCUGGUUCUUUAGAGACGCAGACAGAGCACAGCGACCGACGGAAGGAUGGACACCGUGUUUUAAAGGGCACGUAGCGAUGACGGCAACGGAGAUCAAUGUCUUCUGGGUUUUCUGUUCAUCUGUUUGCUUUUUUUUCCUUAUAAUUUAAAAGCUAUUAGCCGGGGGUUUAUUGUUCUUCAACAACAACUAUUGUACAAUGAUGAUUUAAAAGACAGCUGAGUGAAAAGCUCUAAAUUUCUACUGUUAAAAAAGGCGUUCAUCAGGCAGUAAGGAUGGCUUGAGUAAACACUGGUGAACUGGCAACAUUUGAGAUAUUUUGGUGUAGAUUCAGACCCAUGUUAAUCUUUACUUAGAAUGCAAAUAAAAUGCCAAAAAUCCA